UUGUAGCUGUGGACAAUGACCGACUCUAUUGGAAACGCAAACCUUAUUGUAGGUACAAAGAGAACACAAGAAGCUUUGCAAACGGAAAGGGACAUCAAAGUUGCUUCAAACACAAAACAAGCAGCCACUACAGAAAACAUGAAAGAGUCCCCAAACAAGAUGAGAACGAAGAACAACUCAUUUAGAGGAAGUAGUUUAUCAAAUGGUAAGGAACCCAACUCGAACGAUGCUUCAAAUAAGCGCAACUACAAGUCUCGAAACGUUCCUAAUAUUACUCCAAAAGCAACCAAUAUUUCCACUGCAAGUACUCCAAGAAAAAGCUUUUUCAAUUCCCAGAUUGAAGCAAUCAUGUUUGCUUUUGGUGAGAGUCGUUAUGUUCCUCGUGAUAUUUUGGAGUUGAUGGAAGAAACUGUGCGCCAAUUCAUCCUAUUUCUUAUUGGACGUCUUUUGAAAAGAACAGAUACAGAAGGAAGUCGACAAGAAAUCCAUUUGAAGCUUUCUGAUGUUAUUGGUCUGAUUCAAAAGGACCGUCGCCUUACUCGUAGAACUUGUGCAUUUGUAAAAUCAGUUGGUGUUCCAGUUGAUGACAAAUAUAACUCUAAGCAUUACUCAGGGGAUAAUUAUUCAGUCAUUCGCAAUCUUUUGGCUCCUUCAUCGGAAACAAUGCCAAAAAUGGAUUCAAAAUCUUCUCAUAGAACUCCUGAAAUACAUUGGAAGGAUUGUGAAUCAUUAAAUGAGACAACAGAAAAUGGCAAGCCUACUUGUCACAAUAAUGAUCAUAGUCAUAAGACAGAGACAAGUCGUCUACAUGCUUCUUCUGGGAGUUCAGAAGUAACUAGGAAAUCAAGUGACUUCAUUGAACAGCAGUUGCUCUUAAAUAACAUUGAUAUUAUGAAUAUUUUAGUUAACAAGGCUGCAGCUUCUUUAAGUCAAGUAUUCUCGCAGGCAAUGUAUCAUGAAUAUUCUUUCUGCAGGAAAGUUGCCAUUACAGCAAGUCCUUCACAACAAAGGAAUUCAAUCGUGGAUCAAACUGGUCACUUUUUACAGUGGUUAGGAACCGCAGAAAAUGGAAUUCAUUUGGAUAAUGCUGUUGUUCAUGCAUUGGGAUAUCUUUCAUGGGAAGCAAUUGGUCUCAUAACUCAAACAAGUUUGGUUCUUCGAUAUAUGUCACAAAGUAUAUUUUCUUCCAAAACAAAAGGAUUGGAGAAUAGACACAUGAGCUCUCUGGAUCCUCGACGUUUAUAUUGUUGUACUGCGCAACAGUUCAUCCUUGCAUUACGUCACGGUUUAGGAACAUGGCUUGUUUUGCCACUAAAUGACGAAGAACUUCGUGGUAUUGCAAAGGAACUUGAGAGGAAAAGUAGUUUGGGAGAUCGUUCAACAUUUGAUAUCAGUAGUUGGCAUAUUCGAACAGUUAGUCAGUUACAGGUAUUUCAAUUGUUGGAUACUCUGAGGUUUUUGCGUGAUAUUCGGCGCAAUGGAACUUAUUCGAGUGUACUUGUCAAUCUUUUUGGCGAUUCAUUAUUGGGAAGAUAAUAAUGGGAGUUUAGAUAUUUGUCAUCUCUCACAUUGGUUGCCUUAUAGAUAAUGUUAUGCGAACUUAAUGGAACUCAUUUUAGGAGAAAUAGUAGCAAGAAUGUAGAAACUCGGAGUUUGACCUAUUUAUUUCGGAAUGGAUAUUGUUGGCUUGAGAUUUUGAAUAAUUUUGUCAAGAGUUUUGUCAGGCUAUGACUUUUCUAAAGAUUGCCUCCCAAACGCUCCGUUGAAAGAUGAAUUGUUUCUAAUAGGAAUAUUGUUGACUCGAUUCAGUUAUAGCAUAUAUGUUCACAGUCACAAUUUGCUUAGAAUUCAGAAAAGACCGAAUUGUUUCGAUUUCUCUUGGCUUUAUCUUGUAUUGAGGAGACGAUACCGUCAGGUUAUUCAGUUGACAGUUCUCAGAGAAUAUGAGGAAGAAUAUCAUAUGAAUAAUGAAGCUAGAGAAAUAUGAAAUGAUUCAUCAACGGAUAGUAUGCAGUGAUAACCUUUUGGAUAUGAACUGUGAAAGAAAAGUGUCAUUGGAAUGAUACAACUUGCCUUUAUAAGAGCUGUAGACUACAAAAAUUUUUGAAAAUUUUACUUGAAGUGAUUGCAAAAUAUUUGAGUUCUCCCGAACCUGGAUUCUUCUUGUUGACAUUUAGAU